AUGGCGUCGAAGUUUCCAACAAAAGAGGAUAAGGACAAGCUUCGUACAAGAAAAGGUCAUGACAUGACAUGGUCAUGUGACAACCUCCAACAUGGUGAGCCAAUCACAUUUUAUUGUAAGCAACACAAAAUUCCUAUAUGUCAUAAAUGUGCGACCAAAGAUCACCAGAAACCAUGUGAGCUAGACGACAUCGGGGAUAUCAUUAUAGAAAGGCGAGGAAUUCUGGAGGAGAAACAGCCCUUGAUAGAGGAAACGAAAUUACUACUUCAGGAGAUCCAAUCUAAAAUAGAUACCGUUUCUACUAUCUCAAGUAAACAUCUUCAGACUAUCAACGACAAUCUGCAAGAGACAUCCGACGACAAGUUAAAGAAUGUGAAAGAAAGGGAAGUAAACUUGAUUAGGGUGAUUAACGAGGAGGCGGACGAGGAAAUACGGGAAAUAAAUGAGAAGAGAGAAAAACGCAUCAAGGAUUGCAACAUCGAUAUCGAAAAGGAACAAAUUACCAUCAAAGCGAGAGAAACAAGACUUUUAUCAGAUACAAAGACAAUCAGUGACGAAGUUACUAAGAAGAUUAACGAUCUAACUAAUAAGAUUCAGCAUGCGCUUAACACUAUGAAGAAUAUUGAAUCAACCAUCACACGUAUAAACCAACAAGAUGAAACAUUGGUGAAUGAAGCUCCUCAAGUACUUGCAUCUAUUGAUGAAAAUUUAAGUUUGAAUGCUCAUCAAGAUGUUAGCGUCUGUCUUGACCGAGUGCAGGAUAAAGUUGAUAAAGUUAAGUUUGUAGAGGGAGAAGUAGAAGGAGAAUACUAUUGUAGAAUUGAUUGGUAUAUCGGUAAAUGGGAACUUGUCAAGUCAAUUAAUAUUCCAUCGGGUGUAGAUAUGCCGCGCGUGCGUGGUUUGAUCAGUGAUGAUGAGAUAUGUGUGGAAGACAUAGAUAAUCAUGACAUGUAUAUUACAUGCAUCAGCACUGAACACACACAGAAAGUCAUUGAUGGAGUUAGUAACAUGGACAUUACGUCAUGUGCCUCCAUAAACAGAAACGUAAUAGUAUGUGGGAAGUGGAGAUGGGGUUGCACGGGUGAUAGGCUGGAUGGAUUCAUCACUCUCUAUGACAGACAAUGGAAGAUGAUUAGAGACAUCAGCAUACCAAGGAAUGAAGGAGGUAAUAUUGUGUAUGUUGAUGUUGACAGGGAUGGGAUGAUCCUCGCUGCUCAGUCAGGUCAGUCUAACACCUACGUCAUAAACCCUGAUGAUGGCAAGGUUGUACACACUGUCACGAUGCAGGGUAAGGAGGUGUUUGGUGAAAUACAAGCCUUGUCAUCAGGUGAUAUCGUUGUCAAUACAAAUUCCAAUGAAUUCUCUCUCAUCUCACGAUCAGGAGAAGAGAAGGCUGUCAUACACUGUGAUGAGUGGAGGGAAUUAGAAUAUUGCGUUGACAAACUGACAGACACACUCUACAUCACUUACCGAGUCGCGGGUAAAACCUGCGCAGUUGAUCAGGUAUCAGGUGAUGGUAUCAUCCAGGCAAAGAGGAUCGUGGAAUACGUGGAAACAGAUCGCUUUCUCUACUUCAGCCCUUGUCUUGUUACUCCUUCUGGUAACCUUGUAGUCUGUGAUGGAGAGAAGCUUAUUCUUUACAAGAAGAAAUUUAGUUUGUAG